UUUGUGAAAAACCUUUUAAGUCGAGGAGCCUCUCGUUUCUCAUCCUCUUUCUUUGCCCAAACUUUCCUUCCGUUGGUGAGAGCUCUUAGCGAGGCGAUCUCUUCUGCUCCGCUGCUGCUAAGGUUUGUUCUCGGUUAACUCUUUUAACAGUUCAUAAUGGGUAAGGAAAAGGUUCACAUCAACAUUGUGGUCAUUGGCCACGUCGACUCUGGAAAGUCGACCACCACCGGUCAUCUUAUCUACAAGCUUGGAGGAAUUGACAAGCGUGUGAUCGAGAGGUUCGAGAAGGAAGCUGCUGAGAUGAACAAAAGGUCAUUCAAGUACGCCUGGGUGCUUGACAAGUUGAAGGCCGAGCGUGAACGUGGUAUCACCAUCGACAUUGCCCUAUGGAAGUUCGAAACUACCAAGUACUACUGCACUGUGAUCGAUGCUCCUGGGCAUCGUGACUUUAUCAAAAACAUGAUCACAGGUACCUCUCAGGCUGACUGUGCCGUCCUUAUCAUCGAUUCCACCACUGGUGGUUUCGAAGCUGGUAUUUCCAAGGACGGUCAGACCCGUGAGCAUGCCUUGCUUGCUUUCACUCUUGGUGUCAAGCAGAUGAUCUGUUGCUGUAACAAGAUGGAUGCAACGACACCGAAAUACUCAAAGGCAAGGUACGAUGAAAUCGUGAAGGAAGUGUCUUCUUACCUGAAGAAGGUUGGUUACAACCCUGAUAAAAUCCCUUUCGUUCCCAUCUCUGGGUUUGAAGGAGACAACAUGAUUGACAGAUCCACCAACCUCGACUGGUACAAGGGCCCAACUCUCCUUGACGCCCUUGACUUGAUCUCUGAGCCCAAAAGGCCUUCAGACAAGCCCCUCCGUCUCCCACUUCAGGAUGUCUACAAGAUUGGUGGUAUUGGUACCGUGCCCGUGGGUCGUGUGGAGACUGGUGUGAUCAAGCCCGGUAUGGUUGUGACCUUCGGUCCCACUGGACUGACUACUGAAGUCAAGUCCGUUGAGAUGCACCACGAGGCUCUUCUGGAAGCCCUCCCCGGUGACAACGUUGGUUUCAACGUUAAGAAUGUUGCAGUGAAAGAUCUCAAGCGUGGUUUUGUUGCUUCUGACUCAAAGAACGACCCAGCCAGGGAGGCAGCCAACUUCACCUCCCAGGUCAUCAUCAUGAACCACCCAGGCCAGAUCGGAAAUGGAUAUGCCCCUGUUCUUGAUUGCCACACCUCUCACAUUGCUGUCAAGUUUGCUGAGAUUCUCACCAAGAUUGACAGGCGAUCUGGUAAGGAGCUUGAGAAGGAGCCUAAGUUCUUGAAGAACGGUGAUGCUGGUUUCGUGAAGAUGAUUGCAACCAAGCCCAUGGUUGUGGAAACCUUCUCUGAGUACCCACCACUUGGUCGUUUCGCUGUGAGGGACAUGCGUCAGACUGUUGCCGUUGGUGUUAUCAAGAGUGUUGAGAAGAAGGACCCCAGUGGUGCCAAGGUCACCAAGUCUGCUGCAAAGAAAAAGUAAAAUAUGAGCCCAAGAAGAGGUAUGGUUUUAGUUGUAAUAGUGGUAGAGUCUUAGAGGUGUCUGGUGAUUACUCUAUUUUUAGUACUCUUCAGUUUUGGUCUUCAGGUUUUUACAAAGUAUCUGGUAGUUUUUGUCACAGUAUAAUAGCUUCGCUCUUGAGCAUGGGGGAGUUGAGCAGUCGGAAUCAAAACUGGGUGCUUGACAGGAGGUGGCAUAGUUUCCGGAUUCGGUGUUUUGUUUUUAUAUUUUCUUGAGAUGAAUUUCAAUUUUAGUUUCUAUAUGUAGAGAAUUUUCGAAUUUGAUGAUGAACAAUGUGUUUCAAUUUAUAAUUUUGGAAUUUUCGUACUCUGGUUUAUUAUUUGGAUUAUCUUAUAUUCUCUGAUCCAU